AUGACGCUGAAUUUAUUGGAAAGAGAAAAAGUUUACAACGUCAGCGGAGGAAAAACGCCGAGCAGAAAUGAACAUGGAAUUUUCAGCCGACUUUCGAAGGGAUAUCUUUCUUCGCGACUUAGGACACCGAAGUUCCAGAGAACGCCGAAAAAUACAGAAAGAUUCGUCAUUUCAAGCCCCAAGGACUUCAACCAUGUCACUCAUGUCGACCCAAGAGACGUGAAGGGCAACUUUGGCAACAACAAGAGCAUUUACGAGCAGCGACUUCCACGAGCAGAACGGCCUGGUUCUUUUUACAUCAACAUUCCGCCUGUUUCAAAGGAGCUUGCAGAAGAGUUCGAGAAUUCUGAAUUCCACCCUGGCCCCUUCGCUCGAUCCCCAUCGAUCAAUUUCCUGGACCAGCCAGUCCCCGUCCGUCAAAACCUCCUGGACAAAUUCUCCGAGUCCAAAAAGUACUCCCAGUCGAUGGACGAUCUUUCCUUCUGGAGCUCUCCCCGCCGCGGCUCCCGGGGCUUGGAAUCGCCUCUCGUCAAAUCGACCAAUUCGGGGAUUGAAAGAAACAACGAAGAAACGGCUUCUCACGUGAGAAAAGUUCCAAAAGAAGAAGCUUCUCCGAACGACCAGAGAGAGGAAAAUCGACUGUCGCUGCCGGAAGAACGAGUGGCAAGCCCAGCGUCGAGUUAUCGCUCUUCCUUGUCUUCAAGAAGCCCGACUAGGACUACUCCCGAGAAACUCACUUCAUCCGACAGAGCAACAAAAGCGCCCUCAAUUGAGGACCUCUUGGCGAAAUUCAAAACGAAGCCAGUGCGACAGCCGCACCGGUCAGCUGCUGCUUCCUCCGCCUUUUCCGCUUCCGCUUCGAGCAGGGGCUCCUGUGAUUCGUUGAAUGAGUCGUUGAGGUCGUAUCCUGUGAGCAGCAGAAUAUCAGAAAACACGCCGCUUUCCCGCUCCUCUGUUGGCGACUCGGGCUCAUCUUCUUUCAUCUCGCCGACGAGUUGUUUCAUUCCCCAAGCGCCGGCGCGGCGGACCGUCCUUUCCGAAGGUCCCAAUCAAUCUUCGCGACUGAACAACUCGGCCUACCAAAUCGACGGAAAUCACAAUCUUCCAAAUCGUCUCUCGGCGCCUGUCCCAAAACCGCGAAGCAAACCCGCCCCGCCGCCAAUGCUCUCGAUGAGUUUGAAUCAUUUGGACGACGAUAUCGAGCCUGAUGUCGUCUGUAAUUUAUAA